AUGAUUGAGAUGAAUGAACCGUCCUUCAAGAGUGACCUACAUUUAUCAUACCUAAAGCAAUUUAUCACCAAGCGUGUCUCAGAGUCAGUUGAUCCAAGAGUCAGUUGGUCUAAGAGUCAGCUGGUCCAAGAGUCAGUUGAUCCAAGAGUCAGUUGGUUCAAGAGUCAGUUGGUCCAAGAGUCAGUUAGUUCAAAGGUCAGCUGGGCCAAGAGUCAGCUGGUUCAAGAAUCAGCUGGUCCAAGAAUCAGCUGGUCCAAGAGUCAGUUGGUUCAAGAGUCAGCUGGUUCAAGAAUCAGCUGGUCCAAGAAUCAGCUGGUCCAAGAGUCAGUUGGUUCAAGAGUCAGUUGGUCCAAGAGUCAGUUAGUUCAAAGGUCAGCUGGUCCAAGAGUCAGCUGGUUCAAGAAUCAAUUAGUUCAGAGUCAGUUGGUCCAGAGUCAGUUGGUUCAAGAGUCAGUUGAUCCAAGUCCGGCUGAUCCAAGUCAGUUUGGUUCAAGUCAGUUGAUCCAAAGUCAGUUUGGUUCAGAAGUCAGUUGGUUCAAGAGUCCAGUUGGUUCAGAGUCGGUUGGUUCCAAGAGUCAGUUGGUUCAAAGAGUCCAGUUGAUCCAAGGAGUCAGUUGGUCCAAGUCAGUUGAUCCAAGAGUCCAAUUUGGUCCAGAAGUCCAGCUGGUCUAA